AUGUCACUAACCUUCAAUGGCCAGCAUGACCCGUGGGGGAAACCUGGAAAGGAGUCCCUCGCUGGACGCUUGUGGUCUAAGAUGCCCGGAGCAACAGGGCUCAAAGACUCGGAAACAUACUCAGAGAUGUGGAUGGGGACAUACCCUACACUCCCCUCUCGACUGGCUUCCAAUGGCGAGCUUCUCCUCGACCAUCUCAAAAAAAACCCACAUCUUGUGGGAGAUGCGGUGAAGGAAAAGUUUGGUCUGGAUAUUCCAUUUUUGCCAAAGGUCCUCUCCUUCCAAAAAGCACUCCCGCUUCAGAUCCACCCAGACAAGGCUCUGGCUGAGCGCUUGCAUGAGAAGAACCCCGAGGAAUUCGGUGACUCCAAUCAUAAGCCUGAGAUAGCGAUUGCCUUGUCUCGUUUUGAAUCGUUUGUUGGAUUCAAGCCACUGGAGGAGUUGUCCGAGAUUGUGCAAUUGAAACCUCUCCAGCCCUUUGCGCCCGGGCAGAAACUCAAUGAUAAGAGUCUGAGAGACCUCUGCAAAACCAUGUUGGAGCUGUCGCCUGAGAAGGUCUCUGAGCUCGUCAAGCAGCUGCAACAGUUGCCCAAGUCGGACCUAGGGAAAUAUGACUUCAUUCCCGGCCUUUUGAGCCGACUGAAUGAGCAGUACUCACAGUUCGACAACGGCAACCUUGUCGCGGUUCUCUUCAUGAACUAUAUGAUCCUGGAGCCUGGUGAGGCACUCUGUGUUCCUGCCGACAGUAUGCACGCCUACCUUUCGGGCGACAUUCUCGAGUGUAUGGCUCGAUCGGACAACGUCCUCAACGUUGGGUUCUGUCCGCGCUCUGCUCGGGAUAACGUUGAACUGUUCUCUGAAGCUCUUACUUUCAAGCCUCACCAGCCCAAGGAUGCGUAUCUACCGCCCAAGUCGGUCCCAAUUGGCGUGAAUGGCAAAACCAAAGCAUACAUGCCACCUUUCAGCGAGUUCAACGUUCUGAGUCUGGAUCUGGCGGCUGGCCAAACUGAGACUCAUAUCCCGCUACAGGCCCCCAGUAUCUUGAUUGUGACUCAAGGCUCUGGAGAGUUACGCAAUACCAAGAAAAACGAACGCAUUGAGAUUAGCGAGGGAAAUGUCUUCUUCGUGGGCCCAGACGCUGAGCUGUCGUUUUCCACCUCGGACGGCUUGACAAUCUAUAGAUCGUGUGCUACAUUUUAA